AGUGUGAAUUCUAAUUUAUUCUUCGCAAUGGACAGACCUGCUCCACUCUGCUGAAGAAACAAGCAUGGCAAGUCCUACCAUAGGGAAGAGCAGAAGCAACCUCCAAAACUCAGCUGCUCAGCUGAGUGAGAUGUCAGAGAACUUGACCUUGAAGCGAGAAAUUGGCUUAACCAGUGCUAUCUCACUCGUAGCUGGAACUAUGAUUGGAUCAGGUAUUUUUAUGUCACCAGAAUGGGUACUGCAUAACAUAGGGAGCCCUGGUGGUAGUCUCAUUAUUUGGGCAGCCUGUGGUUUGGUGGUCAUCUUUGGAGCUCUGUCCUAUGCUGAGUUGGGAAUUUUAAUCAAAGAAUCUGGGGGUGACUACAUUUACAUCCUGAGGACUUUUGGGUCCCUUCCAGCUUUCCUUUUUGCAUUCACCUCAAUCAUUGUGGUAAGGCCUGCUGGCGUGGCAGCCGUCUCACUGAGCUUUGCAGAAUAUGCUCUGGUGCCAUUUUAUUCUGGCUGCUCCCCUCCGCAGGUCAUGAUCAAAUGCACUGCUAUAAGCUGCAUCCUCUUCCUGACAUUGGUCAACUGCCUCAGUGUCAGGUUAGCGACGUCCAUGAUGAACAUAUUUACGGCUGCCAAACUCUUGGCACUAUUGGUCAUCGCAGUGGGAGGACUAGUGCUGCUUGCUCAGGGGCAAACCCACAGUUUCCAAGAUGCGUUUCAAAACACCAAUAUGGAGGCUGGAGCUAUUGGAAUUGCAUUUUAUCAAGGUCUCUGGUCUUUUGAUGGAUGGAACGUCUUGAACACGGUGACUGAAGAAAUUAAAAAACCUGAUGUGACUCUGCCAAGGGCAUUGAUGAUUGCUAUUCCUCUGGUGACCUGCUUUUAUUUGCUAGUAAACGUCAGCUAUUUUGCAGCCAUGACUUCUGUUGAGUUUCAGACUUCGGGUGCUAUUGCCAUUACCUGGGGAAAUAAAGUCCUGGGCAACUGGGUAUGGCUGAUGUCCCUGGCAGUUGCCCUUUCUUGCUUUGGAUCGGUUAAUGGAACGUUCUUCUGCGGAAGCCGGGUGUGCUACAUUGCAGCAAGAGAAGGCCAUAUGCCUGACUUCCUAUCUAUGGUUCAUAUACGUUAUUUUACACCUUUUCCUGCUCUCAUAUUUACUUGUGUGGUGUCGAUAAUAAUGGUAAUACCUGCAAGUUUCAACAAGAUAGUGAACCUUUUCAGCUUUACAGCUUGGAUUUUCAAUGGGAUAAGUGUUGCAAGUCUCCUGUAUUUAAAGAUUAAGAAACCAGAACUCCCAAGAUCUUACAAGGUACCAAUCAUCAUACCAAUCAUUUUUCUGAUGAUAUCGAUCUACCUGGUACUGACACCCAUCAUUGACCAGCCACAGCUCGAGUUCUUCUAUGUUAUAUUGUUCAUCCUCAGUGGUAUCAUAUUUUACUUCCCCUUGGUUCAUUACAAGUAUUGCCCUGCAUGCCUACGGAAAUUAACUAUUUAUAUGCAGCUGUUAAUGGAAGUUGCAGCAACUGAAAAGGACACAAAGUGAAUUAAUAUUCAUAAAGGUUUUUUUUGACAAAUGUCAAAAGAGAGGUUUUAAAAAAAACCAAUAGAUUUUUAGAUUGCUUUCUUUUCUACAAGAAAUAAUAUUGCAUUUAUGUUCCUGGAGAUGCAGUGAAACUACCGCUUUAUUUAAACAUUCCAUCUUGUUCCAUUUUGGUAAGAACCGGCUACAUUCAUUAACUCUGCUUGAGAUUUAUUUCAAUCACAUGGGAAUUGCCUUUGGUCAGACAAAAUGAGCACAAUAUCAAUUGACAUAUUGUUCAGCAUUGGAACGCAAAUAUAUGAGUCCAACUAUUUAGCAGUUUGCAACAUUAAUUAAUAUAACUAAAGCAUGGAUGAUUGUAAUGAAUCAUGGUUUCCAUUUAUUAAUAUAUGUCCGCAAGUAUGUAUUUUUAUGGUUUUGCUUCCUUUUUAAAAAGUUUUUUCUUCUUUUAUAAUUUUGUGUAUUUUUUGUCCUUUUUUUUGUCUUUAGCUAAUAAUAGUAAAUUAAAAACCACUGUUGUUCUUGCCUUCAUCUUCCUCAAAACAGAGAAUUAUGGAUGAAUUAGUCAGUAAUUCUUCAAAACAGACAAUAGGGAGAACUAAAGUAAUCCUUGCUCUUUUCCAUCCAUCUUUUGGUUCCUUUUGCACUGGUUUCCUUAGCAACUUCAAAACAAUGAGAUUGGUACCUGUGGGGAGGGACUUUAAAAACACCCCUCUACUAAUUUAAAAAGUAGAACAAAAUAGCUGUAUGGUCCUUUGAUCUUGACAAGGAGUUCAUUUUUACUGUAAAUCUAUAGUAACAGAAUCUUGCAAGUCUGAAUGUGCUUCCUCUCUCCCUCCCUUUAUCUUUGUGUGAACUGGGAACCCAGAGAUUUAAUUCUUCUGGUAACUUUAAGUAUUUUGAAAGUAAUUUUUUCAAACACCUAGAGUGAAUGUUAUCUAUAAAUAUACUGUAAAUAUGACCACUGACAUUCAACAAAGCUCUAAUCCAGGAAGAAGUUUAUAUAGUGCUAGCUGAAAUCCAGGAUCAGGGAGGGAUUUGUAAUAAAAUAUAACUGUGCUGUAUUUUUCUAUUAAGGAAGAUUAAUAUAUCGCCAUAGAAAUGGGAUUUCUUCAAUCUCUUCAAGAGCUUGGAGCAUUUUAUACAAAAAUAAUGAACAUUUAAAAUAUUUAUAUAAGAAAGAGUACAUAAGAGUCAAUUAAAAAUAAUGUUUUAAAUGGAUAUUAGCAAUAGAGGAUUUUGAAUGAAUUUAUGACAGCUCACAUGCCGAUUUCAGAUGGGAGAUGGAAAAUUUUGAACUAGAAACCAGAUAAGUUCUAGAACACUGUAUCCUAUUUAUAUUCCCCUUCAGUAUCAAAUAUAACAAUCCCAAACAGCUUGCAAUGGCACAAUCCAUUUUUAAAAAAUGGGCUGCUUGUGGAUAAUAUGCUAAAAUAUUACUUAGUCAAGUGUCUCAAAUUUUCCAAAAUCUUAUGAAGAUUUUUUUUCCACUCAAUAAAUUUUUCCCCAGGUUCACAACAUAUUGAUUCAUGAUGUAGUGAUAGUUGACCAAAGCCAUUGCUGAUGGAAAGCUUUGACACUCUCUGGCACCCAAAAAUCACAAGAAGUCCGAUAGUACCUUUUCAGACUAACACAUGUUAAUGACAGGCAUAAGUUCCCAUGAACGACAACUCACUUCAUGCAAUGGAGCAACCAGCCUGAUGUAGAAUUUAAAUUGAAAUGUGACCGGAAAGGAAGGGAAGACAAGGUGUUAUGCAUGAGAGAGAUUAUAAGUAGUUUACCUGUUAAAAAACUUGCACUAAUGGGUUAAAUAGCCAUUGUCUUUGUUCAGACUUCCGGAGAUUAUUUUGAUGCACAUAUGUUCCGCAAUCUCUUGCUCAACUGCGCUAGCAGAAUUAGUGAGAAUAAGCUUCACAUGGCUCUGUAUGUAAAUAUACUGUAGGCCUACCAUUCAAGAGUCUGAGAAAAUGCAAUGUCAUUGCCAAAUAUGGGUUAUAGCUAAUGGUGUGCUGGAGCUGGCUUGUCCUGGCUUGCAAAAGCUAAUUGUUAAAUGUUUGGAAAUUUUGUGAGCCGGUUGAGAGUAGAAGAAAACUCCGACAUCUAGUGGUGUGGCAGUGCCAAUGGAGCCAGCAGAACCAACUGUGAAACAUUUACCAGCACACUAUUGGUUGUAGCUUAUUAAUAAUGUGUUAAAGUGGCUUGAGCUGUGAACUACAGUUGGCAACCAGUGGUGUUCCAUUUUCAGCUCCUGUGGUGUGUCUUUUAAUAAGUCUUGCUUGGGAAUUGGUCUGGCUCUGUUGAUUUGUCUAUUGAUCUUGAUAGUUGAGCAGUUCAAACCAGUGGUGAAAUCCAAUUUUUUUUUACUACCGGUUCUGUGGGCGUGGCUUGGUGGGCAUGGUGUGGCUUGGUGGGCAUGGCUUGGUGGGUGUGGCAGGGGAAGGAUUCUGCAAAAUGUCCAUUCCCACCCCACUCUGGGGCCAGCCAGAGGUGGUAUUUGCUGGUUCUCUGAACUACUCAAAAUUUCCGCUACCGGUUCUCCAGAACUUGUCAGAACCUGCUGGAUUUCACCCCUAGUUCAAACUCCUCAAUACCUGGUUUAAUCCUAUCAGUUGAGUUUCUCAGUCAGGUAGAUCAGAACAAAUGUGGUUGUACACAUAGUCCUUGCUUAAUGACCACUCAUUCAGCAACUAUUGAAAGUUACGAUGCCACUGAACAAGUGGUAUUUAUGACUGGUUCUCAAAGUUCUAGCUGUCCCAGCAGUCCUCGUGGUCACAUGAUCACAAUCUGGCAACUGGUUCACACUUACGAUGGUUGCGGCAUCUCAUGCUCAUGGGAGUACCAUUUAUGACCUUCUCUGCUGACUUUCCACAAGCAAAACACUGGGAAAGCCAGCAAAAAAGGUAGAUCACUGGCACUCUCCCCUACCUGGCAGCUGCCAUUCCCAGCACCACUGUACUUGUGCCAUGUUCCAUGGGUCACCCUUGCACUCUGCGCAUCUGGGUGGGUGGGCGGAACCUCCUGUCGCCGCCGCAAUGGGUUCGCCCAAUCCGGUGCGAACUGGUAGCAACCCACCACUGUCCUGCUUGUUGAAAAGAUGUAAUGUUCUAUAUUUUUCAAUGGACUGAAGGAAAACUCACAUAGCAACUUGUAGGCUUGCAAUUUCAAAGUUUUUUCAAUCUUAAAGAGGCAAUAAAAAGGUAAAAUCCAAAAUGAUUAAAAAGAUGAGGUUUGGUCAAUCCUUGACUCCACAAAAGGCUGAAUAUUUAUGGCUCAUGGCCCAAUGGACUCUCAGCUGAUUCUGUGUGCCACUCCUUCUCGAAAUAGUGUGAGAAUGAGGUUUUCGGAACCACUACAAGGAUAAGGCUCUUGCCAUUCUUCAAAUAGCAUACCCAUUCUCAUGAGACCUGGGAAAGACUAGCAGGUUUCUGAAGGAUCAUGAGAAUGGGGCAUGUGGCUUGAAAAGGAAGGCGGCACAUGCAGUGGUGGGAUUCAAAUAAUUUAACAACUGGUUCUCUGCCCUAAUGACCAGCUGGGUAGACGUGGCUGGCUGGUCAUGUGACUGGGUGGGCGUGGCCAACUUGACGUCACUCACGUCGAGGGGCGCUUUGCCUCACCUAGCUUCUCAUGACCGUGGGGAUGCUGCAACAGUCAUGUGAAAAACAGUCAUGGCAUGCCAAUGAAGUUGGGAUGGUCCCGCUUAAGACAGUUGAAGCCCACUGGCAGCAGAGUUCCUUGGACUCUCUCAACCGGAUUAAUCUGGAUUAAUCCAGUUAAGAGAUUAAUAAAUACGGAGCAUCCUGGAGACACUCGGAUGAAGUGGAAGGAUAGGUAGAAGCAAAAACAGAUGGCCUCAUCUCUCCUACUCCUAAUAUGUAACUGUUACAUAUUCAGAUUAGGGAGUGAAGCCAGUGAAUAAAGGCUUCCCUCAGGUCCGCCACCAAGGCGGGAAAAUAGUUUGUUCUUAUUGGCUAAGCAGGCUGACAGCUCCCUAUAAAAGGCAAGCUGUCAGCCAGGCUCUUUGCUGGGUUUUACUUGUUGUUAAUAAAGAGCUUUUGCUGAAGAUCACUGUCUGUCUCUUCCAUCAUGACCCCAAUUUAAAUGUAACUGUUGCCUUUUGUCCUCUUAGGAAAUUUAGUUCACAAUUUCUAAAACACUGGAGUACUGUAGUUGAUAACCCUGAAGGAGUUUGGGGAAGUGGGAUGAAGGGGAAGUGUUCCAGCUAAACUGAGACUGCCAGCCGUUUGAAGUCCUAUCCUGAAAAGAAGUUGGACUGGUUUUUCUAAAUGACUUCUUCCAACUGUAGGAUUUUGUGAUUAGGGAAAUCAGAAAAAUAUGUACAUUAAACAUCAGUAUAGACAUCUUCACACAGACCCUCAUCAGUUUCUUUUCCUACUUGGAUGCAAAUCAUUUCUGCUUGUUAUACUGCCAAAUAAUAACUUUAUAAAAAAGCAUGACAGCGCUUCAGAGGAUGAUACAUAAUUUGGCUUCAGCCACUGCCUAGUUACAAGCACCUGUUAUUAAAAAGAAUCAUCAUCAUCUGAUUUUUUUUUUUUUGUAAACUAUCAUGACAUGAACAUAUGUGAGAAGCUCAGGCUUAUGCAUGUAUGGUAAUAGAAGAUUUUAUUUUCUAGGUGAAACAUAUGGUCCUCUUAAACCAUGAGAAAGAAAGGAGAGCAGAGAAAGGAGAUAAGUGUGUAGGUGGGCAAAGUUGGAGAGUGUUUUGAAAACAUUCUAGGACUUUGACCGACCAUGAAUGACAAGCAAACAAGGGCUGAGAAUCAAACGAUGGAGAACGUGGGCUGCUGCCAAAGAAAGCAUCAUAGCAUAUGAUUAAUUUCUGCAACAUAUUUUGAAAUAUCAAAAGAUAGAGAAAGAUAGAGAAAGAUAGAGAAAUACAUGGACACAAAGAGGAGGUGGCUAAAAAAGCCACUAUUAUUAUACAUACAUAAAUAUUGCAUAUGGCAGGGGUGUCAAACUCAAUUUCAUUGAGGGCUGCAUCAGGGUUGUGUUUGACCUCGGGAGACCAGGUGGGAGUGGCCAGGGUAGGCGUGGCCAGCUUGAUGUCAUUUGUGUCAGUGGCACCUGUGGGUGGCCUGAGCACUCUGCCACGGAAAACAGAGCUCAGGAGGGCCCCACACAGCCCUCCUGAGCUGUUUUCGCUGGCAGAGGGUUUCAGGAGGCCGUCGCAGCCAAAAACGGAGCUCGGGAGGCGAGCUCCAUUUUUGCUGGCCAAUAUACCAUGGGCCAGUCUUUGCUGUUUCCACGGUGGCCCUGCGGGCCAGAUCUAAGCCCCCCGUGGGCCAGAUUCAGCCCGUAGGCCUUGAGUUUGACACCUCUGGCAUAUGGAAUUUGGCAGGCACAACUUGAGUCCCUCAAGUCAAUUAAAUCCCACUAAUAUUUAGAAAAAGACUUGCUAAUAACAGAGGCAAGAUAAGAGAUACCCUGGUAACAAGAUAACUGUUGCAGCAGAUACAGUGAUAUAUUUUACCUCAGGAUGCUGUUCAAUCUAUAAUUAAUUUUCAGCUGUGAUUUAUUUUAAAAUCUGCACAAAAUAUCAAUGCCAUUAUAUAUUCAUGAAUAAAUGUAUUUUAGAUAUUUAUUCCAAAUACGCAUUCCUAAAUUACAUCAAAAUAUGUACAUUCUGAGGUUUAAAAUGCAUCUUUUUUUGGGGGGGGAACCCCAAACUGCUCUGGAACAUAUAUGGAAAGAGUAUUCUGAUACAACUGAUUACCAUGUCUAACUUCAUGUAUUGGAACGUGUGGAUGACCUUGGCAAAGGAGAAGAAGAAAUGCUGCCUAGGAAACAAUGAGACAAGAGAGGCAGGAUGACAGUUUCCUAGGCAGCCUCUCUACCCCUCAUUCCCAAAGCUCAUCCACACAUUGCAUUACACAUAAGCACAUUUAUGGUUUGGUGCAUCCCAGAAUUUGCACAUCUCUGUGUACUUCAACCUGUUUAGGAAUUGUUUUUCUAUUGGAAUUUGUUUAUGUAGAUGUAUAACAGUAAUAAACCAUACUUUCCUAAAUGUA